AUGUCUGCACCAACGAGAUCAACAGACCCCUCCUUGAAGACCGCAACGGGAGCUGGAGCCGAAUCUCCUACAACUGUACGACCGCUAGAGAUGGACGACGACGAUGUUCCAGAGUCAGGAGCUCUGAGCAAUGACACACCGGCAGCAUGGAGACAGCCCACCGUUGAGGACGCACCUCCAACGAAGCCUCCCCGCCCUCUCGAUGCUCAGCAGCAAGCAGAGAAUACUUUAAAAGAGGCUUUCCCGAGCAUUGAUGCAGCUGUUGUCAAAGCUGUUUUGACGGCCAGUGGAGGACGUGUUGAGCCAGCUUUCAAUGCUUUGCUUGGCAUGUCAGACCCCGAUGCAGUGAGAGAGCCAACACCUCCCCCACAGCCUCCCCGUCCUUCCGCCCUUCAUUCUGGAUCUACCCCGCAGUCUCAACUUGAAGCCGACGAAAAAUACGCCCGCCAACUUGCUGAACACUAUGGAGGUGGUCGCGAGGCUCAUAGAGGCACAAGCCGAGGAGGUGCGCCUCGCAGACAGCAAACUGGCCUACGCCCAAAUGAGCAGCCCGAGGAGCGCAAUUUCCUUGACGAUGAUUUGCCAAUAAUCAAGGAAAAUUUGAGGAAGGGAUUCCUGGAGACGCAGAGCAAGGUAAAUAGUUGGAUCACAACUCUGAAGAAGAAAAUCGAUGGCGACGACGAGGAUGAGAACCCCCAUCAACAAGGUGGCUACAUCCCUGGACCUUCCAAUGCUCCAUACCGCUCGCGGAGAAGCAACGAUGGAAGACAGAGUGGAGAUUACAAUCGCUAUGAUGCAGACCCUCAGGUGCUUAGUGACGACUUUGCUGGCAUGCAGAUGAAUAGUGAUGGUACUCCCGCUCGACGCUCUACUCGCCCUCUUGCUAACCCCGACCUCUUCAAACCUACUCCUCCUGCUCCAAAGUCUGCUGAUAGCCGCAAGGUUGCGUUCCAAGGGGGACCACCAGAGGAGGUUGAUAUCUACAGUGCUUCGCCGCGACCAGGCACCAAGGAGAACACCCCACCCGUCAGCAAGCAAAGCAAGUGGCAACCUCUGUCCACCGUUGACCCAAGCCCCAUUGGCGAGAGCGAGAACGACCCAUUCAGUCUCGGAGAUAGCGAGGAUGAGAAGGAGACCAAGGAUCGUGUUGGUGGCAAGGAAGUUCGAACGGACGAUGCAGAGAGGCUGAAGAAAGCGGCUGCUGAAGCUAUGUCUGACAAUAUUAGCGAGCCAGCACGAAAGCCCGAAGCUGCUGAGGUGACCGGUACUAAGGACAAGGUUGCCAGUGAGAAGAAGUUUGGAAAGCAGAUCCAGAAACGGCAGCUCGAGGUCCCUGAGUACGCGGCCAGCUUCGUCAACUACAAAGCCUUGAAGAAGCUCAUCAAGAAGCUUUCCGCGACCCCGACGAUCCUGGCACUGAAUGAUGUUCAUCGCCCGCCUACCGUUGUCGAUUCUCAAUCCGCGCUGCAAGCAAAUAAGGCAAAAUUCUUCUUCCAACUUGAACGUGAGCUUGAAAAAGUCAAUGCAUUUUACCUCCAGAAAGAAGCCGAGCUCAAAAUUCGGCUGAAAACUCUGCUGGACAAGAAGAAAGUACUUCAAUCUCGUAACCAGAAUGCAUCCAGAAGAUCCGCAAAGUUCACUACUCUUGAGGAAGGAUUCCAGCAAUUUGGAAAUGAUCUCAACAAGCUCCAACAGUUUGUAGAAAUCAACGGGACCGCCUUCUCUAAAAUCUUGAAGAAAUGGGACAAGACCUCCAAGUCCAAGACAAAAGAGCUCUACCUCUCCCGCGCCGUCGAGGUUCAGCCGUUCUUUAAUGCGACUGUCAUCAGUGAAUUAUCAGAUCAGGCCACUACUAGCCUACAGGAGCUUGGAGCUUGGUCAGAAGGAGAUAAUGUUAGCUUUGAAAGAAUCUCGGAUCACAUUGUCAGCAGUCAACAUCUUCUAGGUACCGAUGAGGGUGAUGCCGAUACGCUACUACUGGAAACCGUGAUAUCUGGCAAUCUCGAGCCGCUCAAAGACCUUCUCUUGCGAUUGAAGACAGCUGCAGAUCCAAAUGGCUCUCGAGACAUCGCCCUCUUGGAACGGAUUACUAGAACAUUCCUCGCAGCAAUCAACGAGGGCCCGCAACAAUCCUUGCAGCUACUUCUUGAUACCGGACUAGUUGAUGUGCAAUCUGAAGAUGACAUCAACGAGCGGAAUUGUCUUCAUCAAGCAACCAUAUAUGGAAACUCGUUCAUUUUGGGUAUCGGACUGGACAAAGGUGUGGCCGUAAAUCGAACGGAUGUAUACGGGCGAGUUCCUCUACACUAUGCUUGUAUGCAUGGGCGCUUGGAUAUGGUAGAACAUCUGCUGAAUUCGGAUCUAUCAACUAUCGACCUCAUCGAUCACGAUAAUUUCACUCCUCUUAUUCACGCCAUUAUUCACGGACACCUAGAAUGUGCAGAAAGACUGCUGGCAAGAUCCGCACGGAUCGACCCCAUUUCCGACGCCGACCACGUACCGUUGAACUUGGCAUGUGAGCACGGCUCCGUAGCUAUUGUCGAACUUCUAUUGAAGCACGGCGCCAAAAUUCUGCCAGACGCUGAAGGUCUGUAUCCGCAGCAUCUUGUUGCUCGCUCAGGCCAAACUCCGCAGUUACUUCUGUUACUGAAGAGCUACGGCGCAAACUUGGACCAAAUCGACAAGCUGUACUCGUGGACCCCACUCUUUCAUGCCGCGAGUGAAGGCAACGUACCUUGCAUGCAGACUCUAUUGCAUGUUGGCGUCCAAACCAACAUACUGGACGAGAAAGAGCUCUCCGCCAUGUAUUAUGCGGUCUGGGAAGGUCACCUCGAAUGCAUGAAGCUUCUAUCAUCAAUACCUGUCCAUGGUCGCUCUACUCGCCAGACAGCACAGCCAGCCGGGCCGAAUAUUAGCAGUGCGCCAAUAGCAAUGUGCCUGGACGUCGAUACAAUUCCAGAACUUGAGCUUCCACCCCCUAUCAUUCCUUUAAGACGCUACGGUCACAAUUUCCUCGACACGAAGACCUUCAUCCAAAUCAGUUUCGACGAGAAUGGUGAUCAGCCAAUGAUCUUUUUCCACGACAGUAAAUACCCCGCAGCUCGGCUUACGAUAUCUUCGAAACUCUCAGAUUUGAUACCCAAGAAUAUUUUGCUCCCGUUCCAGGAAGAUACCCGCCUCAUUUCCUUCCAGAUUGAUAACCUAGAUUCCUUCGCCAUUGAUUUUGAUGUCUUUCCUACAUACGGCGCUAGAGUAAUUGCGAAGACUGUUGCUCUGCCAAGUACAUUUAGGGCUCUGAUGAGUAGCUCUGGGCGCUGUUGUUUGCCCCUCUUCGAUCCAAGGCUGAGGGCUAUUGGGCAGAUCACAUUUAAUUUUCAGGUGAUCAAGCCGUUUCAAGGAAAGCCGUUAGAGAUCACGGAUUUCGAGACAUACUGGAAAGCGACGAGUCAGUUCGAUCACAGACCAAGUGCGUUUAUCACCGGCUCGAGCUUGUCGGGAGACUAUGUGCUCUUGUACGUACAGCACACUUGCGAUGGGGUACCAGUCCUGUGGCCAAGGUGGACAAUUGACUACAUGGACAUCGAAUUUCCAGUCAGCCGUAUGACUUAUGCCCAAUUUGUGAGCGCAGGAUCUCACCACGCAAGCAAAGCUGGGGACUUGUCAGAGCUUCCGCACCAACCACUGGAUAGCAUUUUCGACGUGCAUCGAGUCCUCUCGAGCUCGGCUGUAUCUCUACAAGAUGCUUUAGCUCUGUUGCCAGCAGGUAUGCAUGUCAAUAUACAGGUGCUAUACCCGUCAGCAGAAGAAGAGAAAUUACUCCGACUAGGGCCCACGGUCAACAUCAACACCUUCGGGGACGCCAUUCUCGCAGUUGUCUUUGAUCAUGCGAGGGCACUGAGAGAGCGGACACCAGAUGCCAUGAGGUCCAUCGUCUUCAGUUCCUUUAACCCAACGGUAUGCACGGCGCUAAAUUGGAAGCAACCGAACUACCCAGUCUUCCUAUGCAACGACCUUGGCCGCGAGGGCGAACCAGCACCGUCGACCUCUGUUCUCAGCAGCGGGAGAAGAACAACCUCGAUUAAGGAAGCUGUAAGGAUAGCCCAGAACAACAACUUCAUGGGCUUGAUAUGCUCCUCUCGUCUUUUGGAUAUGGUACCAGCAUUGAUCGAGGCAAUCAAAGCACAAGGACUUGUACUGGUCACAGACAAGUCCGCAGAGCAACAAGCGAAUGAGGGUAUCAAUGAUGAUUCUUUCCCGACGUUACAGGAGGGUAUUGAUGGAGUGAUGAAGGCGACUGGUGUGCUGCGAUUCAAUGAGAGUAUUGACAUGUAG